AUGGGCACAUUAACUGGCCUAUCGACUAAUAUUGGUGCAUUGCUAGCAUCAAUGAUUGGUAUGCCACAAAUUUUUGGCACUAAAAAUUUAUGGCCUUAUGGCUAUUUUAUGGAAAUGAUUCCGUGCUUAAUGCUUAUUUGUUAUGCAAUUUUUAUCCUACAUGAAAGUCCAUUAUAUUUUCUGAAACAAAUGAAUGAAAAUGCGGCAAAAGAAUCAAUUCAAUUUUACAAUAAUUGGAAAAAUGAUCGUCAAAUAGAUGAGGAAAUGGAACGAUUGAAAAUACAACAAAAAAAUAAUAACGAAAAGAAAAGUGUCAAAAAUAUUAUUAAUUGGAUGAAAUUUUGCAAUGAUAGAGCAACUCGCCGAGCAUUAUUUCUCUCAAUACUUUUAAAUUGUACGGUAAGUUUUUGUGGUAUAAUGGCGAUGGUAUUUUUUGGCACAGCUCUUCUUGGCGCUAUUGGUUUCACCUCAACUACUGCGUCAUUAGCAAAUUGUCUUGCAGGACUAUCUGGUACCGUUGGAAUUGUUAUACAAGCUAUUACAAUUGAUAAAAUUGGACGCCGUUUUUUACUUCUUGGAAGUUUAAUAAGUUUAAUAUUGAUAAAUAUGGGAAUGAUGAUACUCGUAUGGGCCUUUGGCCAAUAUCAUUACUCUUGGCUUGGCUAUUGCUUCCUUCUUCUCUUCGCAUUAUUCCUAUUCUCUUUUAGUAUUGGUAUUGGUCCAGUUGCAUGGUUUAUUGCUACCGAAUUAGCCGAGCCAUAUUGUCGUGCUCAACUACAAUCAUUGUCCAUUUCGGCGCAGUAUAUCACCUGUUUCCUGUGUCCAAUAAUAUAUUUACCAUUAGAGGAAUUAAUUGGACCACUUAGUUUUCUAAUUUUCAUCAUUCCUCUAAUAAUUACAACAUUUUCCAUUUAUUAUUACAUGCCAGAAACUCGUAAUCGUAGUGCAGAAGAAAUUCAUCAUUUACUAGAAAGUAAACGAUAA